UUUGCCUUGUCUCUUCCUGACCUGCCCAUUUCUCGCUCACCUGCCCCCGUUCUGCCUGUUCCUGCUCUACCUGCUCCCAUUCUGCCUGCUCCUGAUCCGCCCGCAACCCUCUGUCUGUUCUGCUCUGUGUUUCUGCUUCUCAUCGCUUGUGUACUCGUAGGACUGACUCCUCCGGAUACUACUCAGGAACUGUUCUCCCAACAACGCCUUUUGACUAUCAAUUCCAUCUCUGGUUGACCAUCUUCCUGAAUAUAUCUUCUGGAGUGCAGUAAUCAGGUGUAUGGUCACCUCAGUCUCCUGUCUGACAGAAAGCGUCGAUGUACGAAUAUGAACUCCAGGGAGACCCAGCAGCAGCCACUUAAUACCCAGGCGAGUGUCGGUAAAAUUACCCAACUUAUACGCCAGCUCAUGGAGGCAAAAGCUGGAGAGAACACAGUACCAUCCCCUGCCCUGCGCACUGCUAGCCUGGAUCAUGUGGCACAACCAGGAAUGGUUCUCGAGUUGGCAACACCACAUAGGAUCAAUAGAAAUCCAUUCCUGGACUCCGCCCACGAAGUGCUCGACCAUCCUGUGGUGGAGAGGAGUCUCGGGGAUCACCUUGGAGCCUCAUAUUCGCUAGGACCUCCAGUCCCAUGGCCUGGCGGAGUGGACCGACCAGGUGAUUACCAAACACCUCCGACUGGCCUGUCAUCUCCCAGAAUACACUCAACAUACCAGAGUAUGGAAGUGCAUCGUGAUACUGCAUCUAAUAGCGACAAAAUGACGACCCAGCAGGAGCUGAAGCGUUAUAAUCCCUGGGACAGAACCUUAAAGUUUGUGAAUAGGAGGGAUGACAUCACCUUGGAUGACGACCCAGAGACCCUGAGGGCGGAAAUGUCCUGUGGACACGCUGUCAGCCCAGAGUCUCUGACCGCUUGGUGUCAAAGUCUCCUUGAUAAGGGUCAGUACAAGUUCACAUGUCCGGCUCUGAAGGAUGGAGGGAAUCAGAAGUGUGGGAAGGAGUGGCCCUACCAGGAGGUUCGGAAAAUGGCAGUGCUGACAGACAGCGAGCAGAGACAUUUUGAGGAGAGGAUGGCAGCUCUGGCUGCUGCAAAUUUCCAUGAAUAUAAAUCGUGUCCCAAAUGCCAGUCGUUUGUGGAACGGGAAGACUUGACCAAUCUGAAUGUACACUGCACGGUCUGCACUGCUGAGAGGGGUCGAACCUAUGAAUUCUGCUGGCAGUGCCUAAGGCAGUGGAAAGGGCCUGGGCCACGGUCCGACCGCUGCAACAACAAAGGCUGUACCAACAAGGAUCUGGACCUGCUGAAGAAAUGCUCCAUGACUAUUCUGCCAGAGGUGGAGAACGUGCAGUGUCCCUCCACACGCGCCUGUCCCACCUGUGGCGUACUGAUCGAGCAUGACAAGAGUGGCUGCAAGAACAUAAUCUGCUCGAGGUGUCAGAAGGAGUUCUGCUUCGUCUGUCUGAAGCUCACCGCUGAGUGUCUGGAGACCAGCAGUCACUAUACACCCUGCUCUGAUGGUGUCGCCCCCAGGCAGACAUCAAUGCCUACCUGGAAAAGAAAUUAGAUACAUUUCCAAUUAAUUUACUCCCACUACACACAAAUCAUACAUUUUCUGCUUCAUAUGCUACAGAACUAAUAUAACUUACAGUUAAUGUUACUUACAGUACAGAUCUAUUUGUGUGUAUUUGCUCUGUCUGUAAAUGAAUGAUUUGAUUGAUUAUGUAUAUUUACUCAUUAGGAGAAAAAUCAAAAUGGUGCUGCACUAAUGUAGUACAAGUGGUAUAACCAGACAUCAUUCUUUUAUCGGCAGGACAAUGACUGGCCUUGAUGGUCAUUUUAACUUACAUUAAACAUUCUGCUUGUA